CAGCAAAGUUGCCUUUUUAGUCAAUCUCGACGAGGUUCUCACCCCAGACCAGGUAAGAUUGAGUGGAGAUUAGCCCAAAUUGGCCAUGCAGCUCGGUAUUUGCAUCGCUGCAAUCCUCGCCGUCUUUGAGGCCGUGUCGGCGUCGUCUCAGUUUCAUUUGAGUCUUGUGGAGAAGGAGGACAAUGGUCAGGUGCACUACAUGGUGGAUUGGGUCACAGCGUCGACAGUGAACUCGUCCCGGCUCAUAGUUGGCACGUCCGCUGACGAUCUGAGCUCCGCUGUCGACGGCAAACGUGCAGGCUUAGUAAGAGAAGCUGCAGAUGAGGAUGUGGCCUGCUGGUCGGCGCUGCUGUCUAAUCUGGAGCCUGGCUCGACGAUCUUUUACGCCCUCGAAUCCGACGCAACGCAGCAGACUACGAGCUCGCUAGACUUUGAUGAGUUAUCGAAGUCUGACAGUCCCACAAAAAGUGGAAUCAUGAACUUCACGGUUCCGGACGGAGAGAUCACGUGGGCAGUAUUUGGUGACAUGGGGGCGCCCAUGCAGGGACAAGCAGCUGCAGUCUCGUUGCCAGCUUUAAAGGAAGCGCUCUCAGCCGAUGGAGCAUACAGCGGCGUAUUGAACAUUGGAGACUUGUCGUACGAGCUCACGGGCUCCAACGGACAGAAUUACAUGAACGAGCUUGAGCCGAUCACAUCGAAAGUGCCUAUGAUGACAACCGUCGGCAAUCAUGAGUACCAAUACGCACUGUCACCUUCACUCGCCGUCCAGAACUAUUACCGUCGGUUCCAAGGAAUUACGCUUGGUGCUGGAGCUGCCAGUGGUUCAGCUUCCAAUGAGUUCUACAGCUUUUCGUCGGGACUCAUCCACUUUGUGUUCAUUAACACGGAAGUGUACGGCGACGAAGCCUAUGCGGCGCUUCAAGAGGAUGGCACAUGGAAAGUGGACGAGGCAGCACGAAAAGUGGCAGGAACAGCACAGGCAAAGUGGCUCGAGUACGAUCUGAGUCAUGUGAAGCGCUCGGAGACGCCAUACGUUGUUAUGUGCGGCCAUCGCCCACCGUUCAAGACGCCGAAAGCACUUAGCGAGCCAGGCAAUCGGUUCGCCAAAGAGAUCGUUCCGCUUAUGAGCAAGUACCAAGUGGAUUUGUACCUUUCAGGCCACGAACACACCUACUUGAUGUUCGAAGCUUCGACUUUCAAUGGCUACAACAUCCCUCCGAUCAUCGUCAGCGGCAGCUCAGGCAACAACGAGUACAUCCGCGAGGAAGCUGAGCUUGACAUUGAAGGAUUCGAGUGGAAGACGUUAAUCCCCAAGUACGGAUAUGGCUAUUUGACAGCAACAAAGGAUGCAAUGGAAUGGCAAUGGGGUUCUGCAGCUUCGGACGCGACAAAUGAGCCUUCUAGUGCCAUGUGGAAGAAAGAAGACGAGGUGAGCUUCCCAAAGCAGACCAUUUCGAAUGUGUAUACCCCCGGAGGUUCUCCUGUGAGUGAGCCAGUUGACGUAGCUAGUGAAUGGGCAAGCGCCACCUCCGGAAGUGGGGCUGGAACGGGUAGUGGCAGUAGCACGACAGGAAGCACUGCGCAGGAAACAACGGGAUCCUCAGCAUCAUCCAGCUCGUCUGCAUCGCCUACGUCAUCUGCUGCUCCACUUAGCCUGAACUCUGUCACGUACGGUGUAAUUAGUUUAGUUGUGGCCAUGUCACUUUAGUGUAGUCAAAAGCUCGUGCACAUACGUAAGCGGGUGAAUAUAACGCGGUGGAUAUGUUUCAAU